UAGAAAUUGACUGGCCACUAACGAAAUAACGACAAAUGUCAAAUGUGAAACAAUCAUAUACAGUUUUGUCACAUUCGUCAAAUCAAUCAAACGAAAAAUAAAUAAAUUUAUCGCAUAGUGAAAAAAAUGGCCACGAUGAGAUUCCAACAGGCUUUCACGAAGUUGGGAGUGAGGAAGGUGGGGUUCUCGUUAUCGCAAGGGAACUAUCAGAUCGGAAACGGCAACCAGACAUCAUCGAGCCAAGGGUCUGGAGUUCAUACGGUCCUCAGGAGGGACUACACUUUGCCGCCUGUCGGUACUGGAGCGGGGAGAGGCGGGGGCGCAGGUGGUUCAGUAAGAGAAUCUGGUGGAGCCUUAGGCCAGUAUGGAGCCGCUCAAGAGGAAGAAUACUUCUUCAACAAGCGCAAGGAGCAACUGGCAAAGCUGAAGUCGAAGAUGAAGCAGGAGGGCAAAUCCCCGGACAUAAAACGCAAGGAGGACAAAUAGUUCGGAAUUUGGAUGGCAAUGCUGCAAUGUAAAACGCAAAUUGUAAAACGAGUCUGCUGCAUUUAAUUUUCAUGAUAGGUAUCAGUCCGAUAAUUACGUUUCAAAUUGAUUAUGGAAGAAGUUUCGAAAUAAAAUUGUGUAAAUCCGUCUUUUGGGCAAUUUAAUCAAAUAGUUCGAAGAAGUUUAUUUUAUAAUUAGGUUAGGGCAAAUUACAACACCCUAACUGAUGGUAAAUAAAGGUGGAGUCCAGGCGUGAUGCUGUGUGCAGCUGCUUUAAGUCAUAGCACACAUAUCAACUCGGAAGCGGAUCGAUACCGACUCACCUCGGCUUGGUGUUAAACAGGCGUCCACCUGAUAUAAGCAAUGUAAUGUAAUGGCACGAUUACACUUGGUCAUUAGCCCGAAGAGGAGUGCCAAUAAAAAUGAACUUACAGUAUAAAAGGGUAUCGUUGUAUAAAACGUAUAAAAUGUGCAGCCGUUGGGUUGUCUAUUAUUUACCUGGGCGAACUACUGUGUUGCCAGGUAUAAACAGGUAUGUCGAUGCCAGUUACUUUACCCGACGGCUGCACAUUCUAUACGUUAAGUCAGGACAACAUAUUCUUAUUAUCUUGAUGUUGCAUCUAUAAUUAAAAAUAUGUUUUUAAAAUUAAUUAAACAUGUCAUGACACUAUGUCCAGGAUUUUUUAGGCAACCCAUUUUUAAUAUAUUUUCUAUUACACAGUUCAUGAUAAAACAUG